AUGAAACACAUCUCGUUGAUAUACUGCUACUCUUUCAAAUUUUGUUUGGACAAUGAGGCCAUCCUUUUGAUAUCAGGCUCCGGAUGUAGUCCCAAACUGGAACACAACAACAAAGAGCAGAUUAUUGGCAUAUCCUUUUAUUGUAAAAAACUGCUUCGUGAUAAGAAUAUGGCUAUACAAAGAAAACUCAAAUGGACUACUCAGACUAUUCAUCGCGUGUUUUCUCCUAUCGAUGAAACUCUGUUUGAGGUGUUUUCUCGUUUUUGUUUCAUAUUUUUUGUAAACCUCAUUCAUUUUUUUUAG